AUGUUCUCCACAAAUCGCAUCGUGCUUCGCCCUGAGAUAGAGCAGCCAUUCGUCAAUCUCGAAUGUGUAGCUUCGGCGUAUCAUCAACUAUCUCUCUACUCCGUCGAUGUGCUGACCUCGGAUGAUGUCUAUUGGAUGGAGUUUGCAGACAAGUGCAUACUAUUUGCUGCCAUUCAGUUUAAAACUUGGGAAGUGUCGAAAAAGAAAGAGGAGAGGGAAGAGGCACAAGACGAGUCGUCUGGAUCUCUCUUCGACGAUGAUGGUUUUAAGGCUGUUUCAGACAGUGCUGAUAUGUCCCCUGAUGGUGCUAGCGGAGGUUGGCUACACAGGGGGGCUCAACAUUACGAAUUCCCUAUACAUCAGGUCGCUGCAUCGAGCGCCCCAGCGUUUCACCACAACAUGCACAGGACGCAGGUCGAGGAAACGGUUGGUCUAAUCUACGUUAAGUCUACCAGCAGACAAAGCGAGGUUAGUGUCGGGGUAGCCCUGCUGCCUCGAUGGCGGCAGGCCGGAUUUGCGACCGAGGCACUCGAGCUCGUCAUCCCGUGGCUCUUCGAUCAGCUAGCGUGCCACCGUGUCCAAGCCAUACUGAUGGACUGCCCCUCGCGCGACGCCGCGCUCACUAUCUUCACCGACUUUGGUUUCGUGCUCGAGGGUACACACCGCCGCGCCGUCAUGAAUGUGGAGCUGCAAGUCUGGCAGGACGUGACAUACAUGGGCCUCCUCGAUACGGACUGGCUCCUUCGGCGGACGCAGCAAUGCGAAAAACCAACGGUGUGGGACAGCAUGUUCAUGCGGCACCAACGCGAGCGAGAGGAGCUCUUGGAGUGGGAGGAACGGCGGUGCCUACUGCGCAGGACGUCGAGUUCGGAGACGAUCAAGACCGCAGGCGAUGCCCACAUACGGACGCAGUUUAUGGACAAGAGCGACGCGAGCGGUAAAGAUGGAUUCGUUUCGGACGCUUCAGGCGGUCAAUCGUCGCGAAUGCGGAUCAAUGACAACGCGACCGACCACAGCGAUGAGAGUAUCUCGGAUAUCAUCCUGCCGGGCAGUCCGUACCUCAGCGACCCUCCCUCGCGCGCGUCCUCCACGUUCUCUUGGAGCGGGUCUGAAUCUUCUGUGCCAGAGACCCAGGCCUCUGCAAAAGAAGGUCAAAUGCAAGGGAAGCGGAGAGGGAAGCGGAAAGGGAAGCGGAAAGUGUCACAACGCCCUGUAGACGAUAGCGGAGGCUAUACUUCGAAAUCUAGCUCGGGCUGGAGUAUGGUGUCCAUUGGGGCUGUGCGGUAG